GCUCUGAAAGCUGUGCAGGAUAUGAGUUGGUCCACUCUCUCCUCUCCUCCUCUCACACGCCACAGCAAAACCAUCCCCGUACAGGCCUUUGAGGUACAUGCACCACACACACACCACUUGAGAUAUACCCCUCCCCCUCCCCUGUCCCAUUGGUCCACAGGCUGACCAAUCAGUGGGUGUGGCUCGGAAUUCCUAGAUUCUCCAGGAAGUGUUGUUAUGCCCUGGGAGCCAGUCAGAUAAAUGAACAGUUCUGUCUGUUCUGUGACAUCAUGGAUGUCAUGGCUGUAGUCCUACCUCCCUCUCUCAGGAUGUGAUGGUUAGAUGACUGAUGUGACCAGAGUGUAGAUACUAGAGCCCUCAACGCUGUGCUCAGUGCAGCUGAUAACUACUGAGUGGGUAUGAUGGAAGGAUAAUCACUAUCAGUAACCAGGAAGUGGACACCUCAGCUAGCUAGCGCUCUAGAGAUGUAAACGCAAUGGCUGCCUGUGGUCAUGUUCCAUUUCAAUUCACUAUGUUCAGGACAUAGGCAUUUGAAUUCCGUUUCAGGAAUUGAAAAUGGAAACCUUCCGUAAUUAACUGAAUUUAAAUGGAACUCUUUAUAAACACGCACUCUAGCUGAGUUGACCAAUGAGCCUGCUGAACGUGAUCCAAAUUCAAUACGUUACCAUGUUUAAUCACUCUACACCCAGAUUAACAUCACUGGAUGUGUUACGUGUUUAUGAAGUUAGAAACAGCUGGAUUUGAGAAUCUGAACGUCCAUUGGUCAUAGCUCAUAUGGAGCUGAACAUUGAUUGACUCAAUGAUUGGUUUUCCACUCCCAGCCAUGAAAUCCACUCUGAGAGACAGUGGCCGUGUUCGAGAGCAUCAAAUCCGUGAUGCAUUGUGGGUAAAUUGUGAUUUACUGACUGAUCUAUAAACAACAAUCAGUAGUUAUUUAUGAUAAAAGGUGAUUUGUAGUCGCCUGCACUGUCGGUUGUGAUGUGGAGCACGCCCAAUAGCUAUAUCUCUGUCUGACCACACUAGACUGUGGAGGCAGCAGACACAGAUUAACAAUCAGUCACCUCCACUCCCCUGUGUGGUUUAUACAGUGGUUGAGGGGAUACGUCAGAUGGUUUCACAUCCACUGUGUGCGUGUGUGUGUGUGCGUGCGUGUGCAUGCAUGUUGUGUGUGUGCUUCAUGACCUCCUUUCUAGACACUUCCUGUUUGCAGGAGAAGAAGUGUGUUGUGCUCAUGGGUGAGAUGUGGGGGGGGCUGGGGUGUUCCUCAUAAAACCGCUAUGUCAGAUUCACCGCAGACAGAGCAACGGCUGUAUCAAACCUCCAUCUAGACAGAGCUAUACUGUAACUGUACUGACCUAAUAAUAAUAAUAAUAAUAAUAAUCUGUGACGUUGAUGUAUUUUAUUGUUAUAUUUGUUAUAUGUAUCGUUAUAUUUAUUGUUUUAUUGAUACUAAAAGAUCUAGGAUACAUUCCACUGAGAACCCAGAUUAGAUUGUUUUCAUGGAAUGCUUGGUGCCAACAUGGAGGAUAGUAUAGUGAACUUGUGGCGCUGACUGUGCAUCGACCCACUGACUCCCCCUGGUGGUGACACCUGUAGUAUUAAAGCUCUUAUUUCACACUGAAGAAGCUGUAGUUUAUUAUGUGGAUAAAGAAUUCUGGUUUUGUCCUGUCUGUCUCUGUGUCUGUCUGUGUGUGUGUGUCUGUCCGUCCGUCCGUCUGUCUGUUUGUAACCCCUCUGUCCCUUCUGUCUGUCUGUCCCUCCAGGUGAAGUUGGAUGUGAACCUGGCAGACCUGACUAAGAUAGGGAAGAGUCAGAAGCACAGUCUGUCUGUGGACGUGGAGGGAGGGAGGCUAGUGGUGAUGAAGAGGUUGAAGGAUAACCAGGAGGACUGGAACACCUUCACACACCACAGGAGUGAGGACACACAGUCACAGACACACACACACCACAAGAGUGAGGACACACAGUCACACACACACACAACACACCACAAGAGUGAGGACACACAGACACACACACACACCACAAGAGUGAGGACACACAGUCAUAGACACACACUACAAGAGUGAGGACACACAGUCACACACACACACCACAAGAGUGAGGACACACAGACACACACACACACCACAAGAGUGAGGACACACAGACACACACUACAAGAGUGAGGAAAACAGUCACAGAAAACAACACACACACACCCCAAGAGUGAGGACAACACCCGUCAUAGACACACACUACAGAGUGAGGACACACAGACACACAAAACACACCACAAGAGUGAGGACACACAGGGCACACACCACACACCACAAGAGUGAGGACACCCCGUCACAGACAAAACACCCCCAAGAGUGAGGAACACACAGACAACACACACACCACAAGAGUGAGGACACACAGUUACAGACACACACCACAUGAGUGAGGACACACAGACACACACACACACACCACAAGAGUGAGGACACACAGUCACAGACACACACCACAAGAGUGAGGACACACAAACACACACACACACUACAAGAGUGAGGACACACAGUCACAGACACACACACACACCACAAGAGUGAGGACACACAAACACACACACACACAACAAGAGUGAGGACACACAGACACACACACACACCACAAGAGUGAGGACACACAGUCCAGACACACACACAAGGUGAGGACCACACAGUCACAGACACCACCACCAAAGGGGUGAGGACACAGACACCACCCACCACACCCCACCACAAGAGUGGGGACACACAGUCCACAACACACACUAAAUAGUGAGGACACACAGUCACAGACACACACCACAAGAGUGAUGACACACAGUCACAGACACGCACUACAAGAGUGAGGACACACACACACACCACAAGAGUGAGGACACACAGUCACAGACACACACUACAAGAGUGAGGACACACAGACACACACACACACCACAAGAGUGGGACACACAGACACACCACACACACCACAAGAGUGAGGACACACGUCACAGCCCAAACACUACAAGAGUGAGGACACAGUCACAGACACACACACCCCACAAGAGUGAGGACACACAGUCACACACACACACCACAAGAGUGAGGCCCACACCGACACACACACACCCCACAAGAGGGAGGACACACGACACACACAUAAAGAGUGGGGGACACACAGUCACAGACACACACACACACACCACAAGAGUGAGGACACACAGUCAUAGACACACACUACAAGAGUGAGGACACACAGACACACACACACACCACAAGAGUGAGGACACACAGACACACACACACACACCACAAGAGUGAGGACACACAGUCACAGACACACACCUACAGAGUGAGGACACACAGUCACGACACACACACACCCCCACCAAAGAGUGAGGACACACAGCACCCACACCCCCCCAAGAGUGAGGCACACAGACCACCACAACACCAAAAAGGUGAGGACCACAGUCACAGAACACACCACAUGAGGGGGGGGACACACAGGAACACACAACACCACCCCAAGAGGGGAGGCCACACAGUCCAGACAAACCACUACAAGAGUGAGGAACCCCAGUCCCAGACACACACAAAACACCACAAGAGUGGGACACAAAAAACACACACACAAACCCACAAGAGUGAGGACACACAGACACACACAACACCACAAGAGUGAGGACACACAGUCACAGACACACAUACAAGAGUGGAGGACACACGUCACAGGACACACACCACAAGAGUGAGGACACACAGACCAACACACACAAGAGUGAGGACACACAGUCACAGACACCCACUACAAUAGUGAGGACCCACAGUCACAGACACACACCACAAGAGUGAUGACAACAGUCACCAGACACACACUACAAGAGUGAUGGACACACACACACACCACAAGAGUGAGGACACACAGUCACAGACACACACUACAAGAGUGAGGACACACAGACACAACACACACCACAAGAGUGAGGACACACAGUCACAGACACACACACACACACCACAAGAGUGAGGACACAAAAACACACACACACCACACAAGAGUGAGGACACACAGACACACACACACACCACAAGAGUGAGGACACACAGUCACAGACACACACUACAAGAGUGAGGACACAGUCACAGACACACACCACAAGAGUGAGGACACACAGGCACACACACACACCACAAGAGUGAGGACACACAGUCACAGACACCCACUACAAUAGUGAGGACACACAGUCACAGACACACACCACAAGAGUGAUGACACACAGUCACAGACACACACUACAAGAGUGAGGACACACACACACACCACAAGAGUGAGGACACACAGUCACAGACACACACUACAAGAGUGAGGACACACAGACAACACACACACACCACAAGAGUGAGGACACACAGUCACAGACGCACACCUCAAGAGUGAGGACACACAGACACACACACACACACACACACCACAAGAGUGAGGACACACAGUCACAGACACACACACACACCACAAGAGUGAGGACACACAGUCACAGACACACACACACCACAAGAGUGAGGACACACAGUCACACACACACACACACCACAAGAGUGAGGACAGUCACAGACACAAACACACCACAAGAGUGAGGACACACAGUCACAGACACACACACACCACAAGAGUGAGGACACACAGUCACAGACACACACUACAAGAGUGAGGACACACAGUCACAGACACACACACACACACCACAAGAGUGAGGACACAGGUCACACACACACACCACAAGAGUGAGGACACACAGUCACAGACACACACACCACACCACAAGAGUGAGGACACAGUCACACACACACACACCACAAGAGUGAGGACAGUCACAGACACACACACACACCACAAGAGUGAGGACAGUCACAGACACACACACACCACAAGAGUGAGGACACAAACACACACACCACAAGAGUGAGGACACACAGACAGACACACACACACGACUAAAGUUAGGACACACAGUCACGCACACGACUAAAGUGAGGAGACACACACUCCUUCUCUCACACUCGUUCUUUCUCUUCCUGUUUCUGUCCCUCAGUCCGUCAGCUGAUAAAGUCUCAGCGUGUUCAGAACAAGCUGGGCAUCGUGUUUGAGAAGGAAAAGGAGAAGAGCCAGAGGAAAGACUUCAUCUUCACCAGCGCUAAGGUACGCACACUAGGAAGCAUGCAUAUAUACUGUAUAUUCUAGUAAAUGUUUGUUUGCAGAUUCACACUAUGGUUUAUCUCUCUCGCACACACACAUUGUACUAAAGGCUGUGAAGAAAUAAACACUUUGGCUGUGAAUCAAGCCAUUAAAUGUCUAUUAGCCCCAUGUUGCAUCCUACACAGAGCUGUACUGUGUGAAUCCUCAUCUUCAUUAAAGCGUCAAUCAGCAGUUGAAACAAUAACCAAGCGCCCUACCCGCCACUGUUUCGCUGAAAGCUGAGGAUAGAGAAAUAUAACCACUCUAAAAUUCAUAGACAGAGCUAUGGAUGCAAGGACUGACCAUCCAUGAUAUCAGAAUUAGUUUUUUUGUAAUUUUUACCCCCUUUUUCUCCACAAUUAGUGUGAUUACGAUCUUGUCUCAUCGCUGCAACACCCCAACGGGCUCGGGAGAGGCGAAGGUCGAGUCAUGCGUCCUCCGAAACAUGACCUGCCAAGCCGCGCUUCUUAACACCCGCUCGCUUAACCCAGAUGCGCCAAUGUGUCGGAGGAAACACCGUUCAACUGAUGACCGAAGUCAGCCUGCAGGCGCCAGGCCCGCCACAAGGAGUCGCUAGAGCGCGAUGAGCCAAGGAAAGCCCUCCCGGCUAAACCUGGACGACGCUGGGCCAAUUGUGUGCCGCCCUAUGGGACUCCCGGUCACGGCCGAUUGUGUGCCGCCCUAUGGGACUCCUGGUCACGGCCGAUUGUGUGCCGCCCUAUGGGACUCCUGGUCACGGCCGAUUGUGUGCCGCCCUAUGGGACUCCUGGUCACGGCCGAUUGGGACUCAGGCUGUAGUGACGCCGCAACACUGCGAUGCAGUGCCUUAGACCGCUGCGCCACUCGGGAGGCCCAAAAUGAGUUCUGACCAUGUUGAGGCUGUACAUUAUUUGUUUACAAACAUUGGAGUAAAACAAGCUUAUAUUUGGGGUUCUGAUGGGGAACGACAGUUGAACUAAGCUGCUGAAGCAAAUAAGUUACAUUCUUCAAGAAACAAUGGAUAAAUAUCAUUAGUUUAGUCCAAACAUGGAUGUAGCUACUGCAGAUUACCCCUUUAAACCCAAACGAAGUCCACCUGUCUGUGCCUUGAUCAGCACCUGGGAGCGAACACAUUAAGCAAUAGGACAAUUCCACAGUAACAAAGUGAUGCUGAACAAAGUGAUGCCAAACAAGAACCAAUGAUUGCAAAGUUAAACAAACCAUACAACUCUAUGCACAAGGACUACAUUUAACAACUUCCACUGAAAAAUAAAAACACAUUUACUUGAACAGAGGAGAUGCAAAGCCCGGUAACAGAAUUCCAGUUUGUGCUGUUGGUGCCAUCAUUCUGUUACCAAAUUUUGCAUCUGCACUGUUCUUCAAGUAAAUGUGUUUUCAGCAUCACUCUUAUCGUGGAAUUGCCCAAUACCAAACCUAAGAAUAUACAGUCCACCACGUCCUCCAUUACACACUGUGGCAGACCAGGGGAUUUGAUCAAGAUGUUUACACAGAUCAGACACAAGUGUGAUACCUCAAUUUCAAGGUGUUUAUUUAAACCAAUAAAGAAAAAGAAAAGAAACAGGUCUCCUCCAGGAGACCUCUUCCGGGUCACCGCCUUCUGGGCUCCGGGGAACGCUGUCUCCUCUGGGGUAGAACACAGAGCCCCUCGGUUCUAUCAGACCGUGAGGACGUCUGUCCAGUAGCAACCACUCACUACCUCCAACCCUCCCGGCAGCUUUAUGGGCCCUGUACGGCUGGUGAGCAAUCAGCCCCUUGAUUACUCACCAGCCUCAAUCAGCCCCAAUUAGUCCUGGCCAGAGGACCCGUCGAGACCUGGCACGUCCAGAAGAGGGAGACACCGCCACGUGAUGUAGACUCCGUCUGUCACCAGGCCUCGAUGAGUCUCCCCCUGGUGGCUUGUCCGCGGUACACCACAACACACACACACACACACACACACACACACUCUCACACUAACUGUACACUGUGCGUGUUGUCAGAAGCGGGAGGCUUUUUGUCAGCUGCUGCAGCUGAUGAAGAACAAACAUUCCAACCAGGACGAGCCAGACAUGAUCUCCAUCUUCAUAGGGACCUGGAACAUGGGUGAGCACACACACACACACACACACACACACACACACACACACACACACACACACACACACACACACAAUACAUGCUAAAGAUCACCUUAAAAUAAAAUAAAAAUGAAGAGAAUAUUCCAUUAGGUCUAGAACUCAUCUCAACCGUAGACCAAUUUUGAUGUCUGGAAAACUCUGACAAACAUUGAUUGUGGAGUGAACUAUCGCUUGAAUUGUCUAAUUGUCGUGUGUGUGUGUGUGUGUGUGUGUGUGUGUGUGUGUGUGUGUGUGUGUGUGUGUGGUGUGUGUGUGUGUGUGUGUGUGUGUAGGCUCUGUGCCCUCCCCCAAGGCGGUGGGUUCCUGGCUGUUGUGUCGGGGGCUGGGGAAGACGCUGGAUGAGAUGACCGUAACCAUUCCUCAUGACCUCUACGUGUUCGGAACGCAGGAGAACUCUGUGUGUGACCGUGAGUGGGUCGACUCACUCCGCACCGCACUCAAAGAACACACAGAGCUGGAUUACAAACCGGUGAGAGAGAGAGGGAGGCUGAAUGGGGCUCUGGUCAAUAGUAAUCCACUACAUGGGGAAUAAGGUGUUGUUAGGGAUUGUUCCGUUGGGGAAUAAGAUGUUGUUAGGGAUUGUCCCGUUGGGGAAUAAGAUGUUGUUAGGGAUUGUCCCGUUGAGGAAUAAGGUGUUGUUAGGGAUUGUCCCGUUAGUCUAAAUUAGCCUGAUCUGAGAAGCGGCAUGGCAGAAUGGUUGGGUUUACUCCUGAGGUUAACUUCAAUGUUAUGCUGUUUUGCUCUCCUGGGUUCUAGAUUGCAGUCCAGACUCUGUGGAACAUUAAGAUAGCGGUGCUGGUGAAACCAGAACAUGAGAACCGCAUCAGUCAUGUGGGAGUGUCCAGUGUUAAAACGGGCAUUGCUAAUACGCUGGGUAAGACCGCUCUCUCUCACACCAACACACACACACACACAGUUACAAACAAUUCACUAUAUUCAUGCUGUAUGUUUGUCCUUUCUUGUUGCUAGGUAACAAAGGGGCAGUGGGCGUGUCUUUCAUGUUUAAUGGAACUUCCUUCGGCUUUGUGAACUGUCACCUGACAUCAGGCAACGAAAAGAUCGGCAGGUACGCACACACACACACUCCUCUUCUGCAAUCAAAUGUAAAAUUAUAUCAUUGGGUAAUGUAUCAUUAUGUGAAGUUUGACAGGACUCCAUAUUUGCACCAAACUCGCCCUAUGGCCAUAAGUGGUGUACUUACCAGGGGAUAGGGUACUAUUUGAGAUGCAGCCCCUUGCCUUAAACUGCUCACCACCCUUCCCCUUCAACCCUUCCCUGACCCCUGACCCCUGCAGGAGGAACCAGAACUACCUGGAUAUCCUGCGGCUGCUCUCUCUAGGAGAUAAACAACUGAGCUCCUUUGACAUCUCUUUACGCUUCACACACCUCUUCUGGUUGGGAGACCUCAACUACAGGCUGGACAUGGACAUACAGGUACCCUGACACACACACACACACACACACACACACACACACACACACACACACAGAGUGACACAUGCACACACACACACACACACGCACAGAGUGACACAUGCACACACACACAAACGCACACACCUAAACCCAUGCACAAACACACACGCAUGGACGCACACACACACACACGGCGACACAUGCACACACAGACACACAAACACAGAGACAGCUGCACACACACACAUGGACCAUUGCACACCCUCUCUCUCUCUCUCUCUCUCUCUCUCAGGAGAUCCUGAACUACAUCAACAGGAAAGAGUUUGAUCCUCUGCUGAAGGUGGACCAGCUCAACCUGGAGAGAGAGAAGAACAAGGUGUUCCUGCGCUUCGGUCAGUCACAUACACACACACACCACACACACACACACACACACACACACACACACACACACACACACACACACACACUCCUUCCCCUCAUUCGCUAUGCACUCUACUGUAUUCUGUGAAAGACUUUGUUGAAAGUCCUUUGUUGUAAUGUGUGUUUGUGUAUACUCUGUUACAGCGGAGGAGGAGAUAUCGUACCCACCCACCUAUCGUUAUGAACGCGGCUCUAGGGACACAUACGUGUGGCAGAAACAGAAGGCCACAGGGGUACGUACACACGUACUCCCUUUUUGGGGAGUAAACAUUUAUUCCCAUACAAAAUCCUAUUUUCCCAAACCCUAACUCCUUGAAGUGGCAAUCAGCAGUAGAAACCAUAAAGCGUAUUCCCCGCCCCUGUUUCGGUAAAAAGCUGAGGGAUGGGGCUGGAGAAAUGUAACCACCCUCAAAUUCAUAGACGGAGCUAUGGAUGCAAGGACUGACCAUCCAUUAUAUCAAAAUUAUAGUUUUAACCAUAUUUUUAGGCUAUAUAGUGUUUGUUUACGUUUACUUUGUUUACAAACAUUGGAGUAAAACAAGCUUAUAUUUUGGGUUCUGAGGGGUACGACAUUUGAACUAUGCUCAUGAGGCAUUUAUAAGUUAUUCUUCAAGAAUCAAUGGUUACAUAUCAAUAAAGUCCAAAAAUGGAUGUAGCAACUGCUGAUUGCCCCUUUAAGCCUAAAAUAGCAUUUUAACAAAUUCAGGACAUAAAAAAGUCCUGACUUUUCAAAAAUGGUCUUGUUUUCUUACCUUGUCAGGACAUUGUGGUGACUUGUUAGGACAUUGUGGUGACUCGUCAGGACAUUGUGGUGACUCAUCAGGACAUUGUGGUGACUCGUCAGGACAUUGUGGUGACUCGUCAGGACAUUGUGGUGACUCGUCAGGAUAUUGUGGUGACUCGUCAGGACAUUGGGGUGACUCGUCAGGACAUUGGGAUGACUCGUCAGGACAUUGUGGUGACUCGUCAGGACAUUGUGGUGACUCGUCAGGACAUUGGGUUGACUCAUCAGGACAUUUUGGUGACUCGUCAGGACAUUGUGGUGACUCGUCAGGACAUUGUGGUGACUUGUUUGUCAGGACAUUGUGGUGACUUGUUUGUCAGGACAUUGUAGUGACUUGUUUGUCAGGACAUUGUGGUGACUUGUCAAGACAUUGUGGUGACUUGUCAGGACAUUGUGGUGACUUGUCAGGACAUUGUGGUGACUUGUCAGGACAUUGUGGUGACUUGUCAGGACAUUGUGGUCCUGAUAAGGUGAGAAACAUACACAAAUACACUCCGGCUCAGAUGGAGAGAUCUCUGUUCACUCACAUCUCUUCUUCCUCCUUCUCUCUCGCUCCCCCCUACCCUCCCUGCCCCCCCCUCCCUCCCCCCUCCCUCCCUCCCUCCCUCCCUCUCUCUCUCUCUCUCUCUCUCUCUCUCUCUCUCUCUCUCCCUCCCUCCCACCCUCCCUCUGUCUCUCUCUCUCUCUCCCUCCCACUCUCUCUCCCUGUCUCUCUCGCCCUGCCUCCCUCUCGCUCUGUCGCCCCUCCCUCCCUCCUCCCUCUCUCUCCCUCCCACUCUCUCUCUCCCUCCCACUCUCUCCAUCUCUCUCUCGGUCUCUCCCUCUCUCUCUCUCCCUCUCCCUCCCUCUCUCUCUCCAUCCCUCAGAUGAGGACUAAUGUCCCCUCUUGGUGUGACAGGAUCCUGUGGAAGUCUUACCCUGAGACUCACAUUGUUUGUAACUCCUAUGGUGAGACCCUGCAUCUUCAACAACUCUGUGCAGCUAUUUACUGUAUAACAAUAUUGAACACCUGACGUUCUGUUUCAGUUACCUUAUACCCCUAGUGCUGGCGUUUAGCACAUAAUGUGAUGAAAUCAUGUUUCCCUCUCAGGCUGUACAGAUGACAUGGUGACAAGUGACCACUCCCCAGUGUUUGGUACGUUUGAGGUGGGGGUCACCUCACAGUUCGUCUCCAAGAAA